AUGGCGAUGUCACUGUCGUUGAGUAUGGAGUUUCUUCACGCCGCGAAGAUAAGUUUUCUGUGUAGUCAUCAGGUUAACAAUAUUUCCCUCUACUUGUCUAUGUUUCUUUUGGAAAUCUCACUAGGUAAACAAGUAAUAUCUUUUGGUUCGGAUUCUGAAGACAGUCCUCGACCUCGAACUUCGAACAAGUACGAGCCCAUGCCUGUUGAUUCGUUGGAGCAACAUUGGGAAUUGGAAUCUGGAUCCAGUGAUGCAGAUUCUGGUGAGGCAAACGGUGACCUGAAUACAAGAAUAUCUAAGCCAAAUGCUAGUACUAAUUGGAUGCAGGGAGCCAGUUUUCGUUCUUCGUUUCCCAACGAUGCUAUUGAGGUAAAUUCUGACCAGGAGGAAGAAGUUAUAAGCACUGAUAAAAGGGGUCGAAAAAAGCAGACCAGAAGUUCUUAA